UGUCAUAUACACUGUGUGGGGAGUAGCUAAUGUCAGACAGCCAAACAUUUCCUAAUAUAUCGAGAAAUCAUGAAUAAACUAAACUUUAUGUUAUCCAGUUGCGUAAGAAAGGCUUGCCAGCAAGUACCCGCGUCUUUCGAUAUCGGAUGCUUUUUGAGAAAUGGUGGGUUGCAACAAAGAAUAUGUUCCAGUGCUGUAAGAUUUCAAACGACUUCGCCGUCCACUCCCACCUCUGAGAAAAACACCAGAGACUUCAGCAUUUAUCCCCCAUUGCCUGGUGAAGACAGUCCGCUAAGGUGGGGUGGACAGAAAUUUGAGGAGUUACCGAUUGUUUACAUCAAGGCCACAUAUAACAACACACACGUCCAGGUGACAGACAGCGUGGGCAAGUCUAUGGUCAGGACAUCCUGUGGAACGGAGGGUUUCAAGAACAUCAAGAAAUCCACUCCAAUUGCUGCUCAGACGGCAGGCAUCGCUGCUGCUACGAAAUCUACGGUGAAAGGAGUGAAGUAUGUGCGUGUGAUGGUGAAAGGAUUGGGGCCUGGGCGUUUGUCUGCAAUCAAAGGUUUGACUAUGGGAGGCCUUGAUGUGGUGUCCAUCACUGACAACACCCCUGUUCCACACAACGGAUGCCGCCCACGCAAAGCCAGGAGGUUGUGAGCAGCGUGCACCAUUUCCAGUCGCGAAGAGGACGGAGUGCUGUUGGUUAACAUGUCAAUAAAGUGUUUUUUUAAGAUAACUCUUCUGGCCCUG